AAUGCUCCUUUGGCGAUCCAGUCCGGGAAGCGGCGGCCGUAGGAGGGGACGAGGAAGGAGGCAGGCGCGGGGCUGCAGGGACCGGCCGGUCAUCUGAUCCCAGCCACAGCCGCGUCCGGCAGGGGACGAGGAAGGAAGGGCAGGCAAGGCAACCUCCACCACCACCACCCACCACCCUUGGGAGACCCGCCUAAGCCUGCCUGGCAGCUGAUUCAGCGUUGAGCUCCCGUCGCAAUGCCUCCCGCAGGCCUCCUUGCACCCGGCUCUUCUCUUCGCCUCCUUCAUUGAUUCCUGCAGCGGCGUUUUUUCCCGUUCUCCCUCCCUUCGACCUCCACACCCCCCCCCGCUUCUCUCUUGGUUUCUUUUCUUGGGGUCGAAAAAAAAAAAAGAGAAGGUAGUUGGGGAAACUUUGCGAUUCUUCUUCCUCUUGGCCAAACCCUUUUUAGGGAAACUCCCAUCCUGCUUCUAUCCGACCUCGAUUGGGUCUUCUGAUCCACCCCACCCACCCACCCGGUUUCUCCUUUAAAAAAAAAAAAAAAAACCGAUCGGAUCAUCCUCUCCACCAUGGCAAAGGGUCUUCUUCUGUGAUGCUGCAACCGUUUCGAUGCUGUAUAUUUGUUUUCUGGAGCCAAGGGGAUCUUUUUUGGAAUGAGGAUCUAGAUCUAAUUUUUCACCUCCUUCCUUUUAAACAACCCCAUACCUUUCUGUCCUGCUUUCGUUUUUAACAGUCAAAAUCAUUGUUUUUAAGGGAAUCGAAUCUUGUUCUUUUUUAAAGGCUGGAAUUAAAAGAUUGGAGGAAAAAAAAAGAAGAAAAGGAGUUUAUUUCUCUCCCUGCCCCUUUUUUUCCUUUUUUUUUUUGUUUUUUGUUUCCAGUUAUUUUCUCUACUGCAUCGCUUUUUGGAUAAGCCAGGGAUUUGGAAGAAAUCUUCCCCCUUCCCUCCCUAUUGGCUCAGAAACGUUUAACCAUUUCUAUCUGCUUCCCUUCCCACGACCAGCAAAGCCAAGAUCUUAGCAAACCGUGAUUCCGGUAUUAGAGGACAAAACGGCAGAACAAUUGUACACCCUACAGUUGUUUGGCAGAAGAAGAAACAGCUUUGAACUCACAAACGACUGUGUUCCUCUGUCAUUUGACCCUCCCCCCCCAAGGGAAGGAAAAAACAUUUGGAAGAAAAAGAAAAAAAAGUUUUGACAUCUUCCCAUCUUGGGGCUAAGUUACAAACAUUUCCAUGUUCUUUAUGGUAUCUUUUUGGAGGAAAAGACGGUGAAUCCUCACAGAUUGACUCAGUUCCCGUACUUGGAAAUCAUUGGCAAUCUUUAGACGCUGUUCGGCCUCAGUGAGCUGUGAUGGGGCUGUGAAGCCAAUCCUGUGGGAAGUUGAGGAAAAGCCCUCCAGGGAGGAAUCGAGUGGGAGAUACAGAAGUGACAGAAGCUGUCCCAGCACCGUGAAUGGCUGCCAAGGAUUAUGACCACUUGUUUAAAUUGCUUAUCAUUGGAGAUUCGGGGGUUGGCAAAAGUAGCCUUCUGCUCCGUUUUGCAGAUAACACCUUCUCAGGUAGCUAUAUCACAACAAUUGGGGUAGAUUUCAAAAUCCGGACACUAGUAAUCAAUGGAGAAAGAGUGAAGCUGCAAAUCUGGGAUACGGCUGGACAGGAACGGUUCAGAACUAUUACUUCCACGUAUUAUCGCAAUACUCAUGGUGUCAUCAUUGUUUAUGAUGUGACAAACGCCGAGUCCUUUGUUAAUGUCAAACGUUGGCUGCAUGAGAUUGGGCAAAACUGUGACAAUGUGUGCAAGAUUUUGGUGGGUAAUAAAUGUGAGGACCUGUCACGGAAGCAAGUAGAAACUGCUGAUGCCCGGCGGUUCAGUGAGCAAAUGGGAGUGCGGCUUUUUGAGACCAGCGCUAAGGAGAACCUCAACGUUGAAGAGAUGUUCAACGCCAUUACCACCAUGGUGCUCCGAACGAAACAGGAAAACCUGGCACGGCGGCAACAGCAGAACGAGGUCGUCAAAAUCAACAAGCCCAAAAAGAAGCCUUCGGUCAAGAAAUGUUGCUGAAGGGGCAGCCCCUAUAGAUGCCUCUUCCUUCUGGAGGAGGGUGGAUGAACUGUGGGGAAUUGUGUGGGUGAAAAUCAUGGCUCAUAUGAUGUUGGGGAGAGGGCUUCUGGAUCUUGGUCGUAAGGGCAGGAGAACCAGUAUGAAUCCUAGCCCUGAAAUUUUUCUGUUCUCCUUUGCUGGGGAAAUUGAGUUGGGAUAGAAACACAAAUUGAAGCAUUGCGUUCCCUGUCUGUUGAUAGGGUUUUUUUUUUGGGGGGGGGGGGAGGAGUUGUCCUUACAGAAAGGGGGGUGGGUGGGAAGUACCGAGCAGCAUUAAAAAAAAAAAAGACUACUGAAACAGAUCAUUAAGAUGAAUGAGAUAAAGAGGAUGUGGGGCAUAGCUGAGCCCAAGGAAAUUGUCCUUCUCCCCAUAACUGAAAAAAAGCCUUUCUCUACAACUUUGCUUACUCAUUGUAUUUUAUUUCUUCACUUAUGGUCUGAUAGCUAAAAUACAACCGGUAUUCAAAUUUAAGUCACAGUAAGAAGGCUGCAAGGUGAGGGAGAAGUUGGGCAUUAGAUUAUUUUGGAGCAAGCUCUUUCAUGCUCUGGAGCUGUGCCUCAGUUUACAUAAUAAUAGGAGGAAGUGGAAGAAACACAAGCAAAAUGUGUCAGAAUUUCCCAGCUGAUAGUAUUGGGAGUUUUCCUUCUCAUCUCUCUUUAGGCUUGCUCUGAUUACUCUAGGUAGGAAUGGUUUAGGACCAAGCUACAUUGCUCUUUUCUUAGGAUUUGGAGAGUUUUCUAUCUCUUCAUUAGCCCUGUCCUUCAAUCCAGAUGUUGGGAGAAAAUAGCCAACUGUCCACGUCGUGAGUUUGAAAAAGGACUUCGUAACUUUUGCAGCUAUAAUUGGGGUACCAUUCUGUCAUUCCGGUUUACCUCCAGAAACUAAGGAAUAAAAUAAGAAUAAACUUUAAUAUAGAAAUAUGAAAUUAUGUCCGGAUUCAGCUGAUAAGUUGCCAAUUUAUGAUUCCCAACUUUUGAGGUAUUACAGACAGAAACUUUGUCCCCUUUCAACAUUGGGACCCUCUGUGCAAUUUAUUUGCUUCAUUAAUUAUUUUAUAUACACCCAAUUCUGUAGAUAACUAAAACAUCUCAUUUUAACUCACUGCUAAUGGCAUCAGACUUGUUAAGGAUAUACCACUAUUCAAUAAAGACAUUUAGAUAUAAAAACAA